AUGGUGGUGAUGACGCUGGUGAUGUCAGUGAGUGUUGAAGAAAAAUAAUGUCCCACUAUGUCAUGUUUAUUUAGAUCAGUGACGACAGAAUUCUUAUUAAAGUGACAUGUCGUAAGUUGUAAAUUCUUCAACCACUAUAAACCAAUGAAGCCAUUGGUUGUUUGCUACGAUAUUACAUUGUUUUUUAAUCUUUUCAGUGCAAAUUAGAUGUAUAUAUGUAAUUUGUACUUUCUUCUUCAGAGGAUGAACACUUGGACUUUUCGCUUGGAAAAAACGAUGUGACUUCUUUCAAGGUAAAGCUAAAAUCAGUUGCCGUGGUUUGUUGUCUUGGCUACUUCCCUCUUCGUACAGUAACUUCAAAGUGUUAAACUAGACACAAUUAAACUACGACAUUGUAGAGGGAUUUAGUAUCCACCGUAGAAUACUACCUACACUGGACCUACAGGCUUGAGUUAUCUUUUUCAAGUACAGUUCAGACAAAAGCCACAACAGCUUGUUGUAGAAUACUAUCUACACUGAACCUCUGGGUUUGAGUUAUCUUUUCCAGGUAGUAAGAUAUGACCGACUGCUGCAGGUUAUUGUGGAAUACUACCUACACGGGAACACCACGUUUAAGAUAUCUUUUUCAGGUAGUUCAGACACAAACCACGGCAGCUUAUUGUAGAAUACUGCCUACACUGAACCACCACGUUUGAGAUAUCGUCUUCAGAUAGUUCAGACACAAACCACAACCACAAUCACUAAGGUGAAGCAAGAGUGACGGAAUUGAUCGUUUACUAAUCUAGAUCCAUAGCGAAGAUGACCCUCGGAUUGCAAUAUUGACCAUUACAUCCGACUGGGCCAGAAAAUACGUGGAAAGAUAUAGACAGUUUAACACCUAUGUUGAUCCUUGUAAUCUGGGUAGGUUUACCUGA